GUUACCUUAUUUAAACAAGAGGAUUGACCAGGGAAACGGGAGAAUUAGUUAGGAAAACUCAGGGGAUUCUUCCAUCAGUUGAGCAGGUUGCAGGAGACUCUCUGUUCCCGGAUCAUACACUUAAUACAUUUAGACAUUUUAUUUCAUUAAUUCAAAGAAAAAAGGCAAUUCAAUUUAGAUUUUUUUGUGUUUUUUGUUUAAAGAUUCCACAUUUGCAAUUUACCUGCGCGCUCCGCGGCUCCGGGGACGCAGUUGAACUUGGAGAGAGAGAGUUAUACAGAGAGGAUAGAAUCUCUCCAAUAUUGCAUUAUUACUGAUUACAGGCAAAGAAUAACUUUUAAAGUUGCAUCAUGCCAUUUUUCAUUUCAUUGUGUUUGUACCUUUGGCUGGGGUUGUUACCUGGCCGGACAAGUACAGCCGUGAAUGAAGACAUCGAAGUAUUGGUGAUGUUGCCCAAAAAUAACUCGUAUAUGUUCUCAAUAGCACGAGUGACACCGGCCAUCGAGUAUGCAAAGCAGGGGUUGAAAAUCGGCGGCGGUCUGUAUUCGGGACUUAAUUUCAACGUGCGUUAUGAGGAUUCCGACUGUGGCAAUGAUGCACUCUUCUCUCUGGUGGACCGCUCCUGUGAGAAGAAACCGGACUUGGUGCUCGGUCCGGUGUGUGAAUACGCCGCGGCGCCGGUUGUAAGGAUGGCAUCUCACUGGAACAUCCCGGUAAUAUCGGCAGGUGCUCUGGCCAGCGGGUUUAGAGACAAAGAGAAAGAAUUCUCUCGCCUAACCCGAAUCUCUCCGUCUUACCUAAAAAUGGCAGAUACGUUCUUGGCGAUGUUCCGUAACUUCAACUGGAAAGACGCGUUGCUGAUCUACGAUGACGAUAAGAAGGAGAGGAAUUGUUACUUCACUAUGGAAGGGGUGCACCUCAAACUCAUGGACGAAUAUCAGACCGUCACCUAUGCCAUCAACUCUAAAGAAGAGCGCCUGAACACAGACGACAUCAUCACAUAUAUCUACGAGAGUGAAGUUGUCAUCAUCUGCGCGGGAGCUGACAUCGUCCGAGACAUCAUGCUAGCUGCUCAUCGACGGAGGCUCACUAAUGGCAGCUACAUCUUCUUCAACAUCGAACUCUUCAACUCCACGUCUUAUGGCAACGGCUCGUGGAAGCGAGGGGAUAAGUACGACAGUGAAGCGCGACAAGCGUACUCUGCCCUCAACACGGUCACGCUGCUGCGGACGGUCAAACCAGAGUUUGAGAACUUCUCCCUAGAGGUCAAGAGGUCCAUUCAGAAGGCUGGCCUACCGGACUGUGACGACUGUGACAACAUCAACAUGUUUAUGGAAGGGUUCCAUGAUGCAUUGCUGCUGUACGCCCUGGCGCUGCACGAAGCCAUCAGGAACGGRCUCACCAAGAAGGACGGAGCAGAGAUCACCUACCGCAUGUGGAACAGAACGUUUGAAGGUAAAAGACACAACCCUCUGGUCCUUAUUAAACUUCUCCCUUAUCUCUUCCCCAUCGUUAUCCUCCCAUCCUUAUCAUAUUGGCCUAACUCCAGAGCCUUAGCA